AUGAAUACAGAUCUGCUAGAAUGUAAGAAGAAAGCGAUGGAAUACCUUAAAUCGGAAAACCCGCCAUGCCAUGUGAACGGCAGAAAGAAAGGCUAUAUACAAGUUAUGAAAGAUCUGUGGGACAAGAGAGGAUACGAACAUCUUGGAUUGAAGAGUCAAAACCUGCGACAUCAAGCCGCUAGGCUUGAGAAAAUUAACGCUGCAAUUGAGACUCGUGCUAUCGGUAAAGUAAGCGGCGGAGCGGUUAUCGAUGACGAAAGAGAGCAGACAUUAGAUGAAAACCAGAGAAGGCACAACACGAUUUCACAACAUGAAUUUAACAAUUUUGAAAAUCAAAACACCAUUAGUCAAAAUGCAAAUUUGGAGGUAAACAGCAAUCUGGAUUUGCAUACAGACAAUGAUAUUGUCCAAAACAGUCACGAACGGCAAGAAACCGAAGCUGUAGAGGGCUUUGAAGUAACUAAUGACUGUCCUGGUGAACCACACGCCGGCAUACAUGAAACAGGACGUCUACCCGACUAUGUUGCUGUUGAUAUACCAUCGAUUACCAUCUGGGGACGCAGAGCGGACGGCUCAAUAAUUACGGUCAACUCGUCAACCAUAAUUAAUGCAUACGAUGAAAUUACGCGAUGGCGUAAAAAUACUUUUCUCGUCCCGUAUGGCAAAGUGGGUGAGACUUUAUCGACCAGCUAACACAACAUAUAAACGAUUGGAACAACGCAUCGCAAACACAACACAUAGCGCUGAAAGCUGCAAUUGUUCUCUUGGCAACGGCACUGCAAAAGCCAAGCGUAAAAUCGAAGGCAAAAGAUCACAAAGAGUGCUUGGAAAAACGACUAGCGCUAUGGAAAGAAGGAGAAGUCGAGAGCUUACUUCGUGAAGGCCGGUCCAUUCAAAAGCGUCUAGCAAAGGCUAAAAGGACGGAGCCUCCAAAUAAAGCGAAGAUAUUCGCCAAGUUGGUCAUGGAAGGUCAGAUCAAUUCUGCUUUGAGAUUCUCAAUGAGGCUGAUUGUGAUGGAGUGCUGUCUUUGACUGACGACGUGAUGAGACAGCUUCAGGAGAAACACCCUGAGGCACAAGAGGCCAAACUUGGCUCGUUACUCUUCGGGCCAUUUGAGGAAGUGCACGAUUCGUUAUAUCAGCAGAUCGAUGGCGCAAUGAUACGCGAGACAGCAUUGCGAACCAAGGGCUCCGGCGGCCCUUCAGGAGUGGAUGCAAAUGGAUUCAAGCGUAUUUUCGCAUGUAAAUCGUUUAAGAAAUCAGGCGUAAACUUGUGUGAGGCAGUAGCAACAAUGAUCCGGCGGCUAUGUACGGAAUACAUUGACCCGAGAACUAUCGAGCCUAUAUUAGCCAACAGGCUUAUACCUCUUGACAAAGGCGAGGGCGCGGUUCGUCCAAUUGGCGUCGGGGAAGUUGUCAGGAGGAUUGUCGGGAAAUGUGUUAUGAAAGUGAUUAAGCCCAACGUGAUUGAUGCCAGUGGAUUGCUACAGGUGUGCGCAAGUCUUAAGAGCGGAAGUGAGGCAGCCGUUCAUGCGAUGCACUCCAUAUUUGAAGCAGACGAGACAGAUGCCGUACUUCUGAUUGACGCCUCAAACGCAUUCAACGCACUCAAUCGAGCGGCUGCACUCCACAACAUAACAGUUCUGUGUCCAUCUAUGUCAACCUAUGCAAUUAACACCUAUCGCGAACCAGCUAGACUAUUUUUAUCUGGUGGAGGAGAGCUCAAGUCCACCGAGGGUACCACACAAGGGGAUCCCCUGGCCAUGGAGAUGUAUGCCAUCAUUCUUCAACCCCUGAUCACCGGAUUGAAUGUGUCAAGCAACGUCAAGCAAUGUUGGUUUGCUGACGACGCGAGUGGCGCGGGAUUUCUGGAAGAUAUCAAACGAUGGUGGCAACACCUGAAUGAAGCUGGCCCUAAUUUGGGAUACUUUCCAAAUGCUAAGAAAUGCUGGCUGAUCAUAAAGCCUGGAAAAGAAGAAAGUGCUCAUGCUAUUUUUGAUGUAGCCUGGAGCAGGUUCUCUGGGUGAAAGAGAGCCUGCAAGGAUCCCUAUGAUGUUCGUGUGCCGCCCCUUCAAUUAGCAUGUCACAAAUCAAUUAAUAAUGACCAAUCAACGCAGACCGGAAAUACGUUUUAACAUUGUAUCGCAGGCGUUGACAACAAAAACAACUUUGUCCUGGAUAUUUCUAGGAUAUUUCAACAAUGUCGAAUAUAAACGAAACACCUAAAAAAUUAGUUCCAACUGCAAAACAUAAGAAACUAAAUUCGAACGAUUAUUGUAGGUGUUGUAAAUUAUCCCUAAGAGUUCAGUAUGGAGACUCUUGGAAGUCUGUAUCCACUGAAAAUGUCUUUAAUGCAUCUAAAAAAAAGGGAUUCGAAGGGCAAAUUUUAGCGCAGAAUGUGGAUGCGAUUGGAAUAAAGGUGGAGAGAAAAUCCGAUUUAUCAGAAAGACUUU